UCCCACGCCGCUUUCCCAGCAAUAUCUGGCACAGGACCAAGAGAAUCUCCUAAGAAUUCCCUGCUCCCGCACCAGCCUUCCCCGCACCGCACCUCGCUUGGACCUUUCUGAGGUUAAAAACUCCGCAAGGAAAAUGAGGAAACGCAGAGAACUAUGACUACACGAUCCAUUUCUGUGCACCGGGAUAUUUCCACAGCCUCCUGGAGGAGCUUUCGGCAGAGAGCGGGAGCUUUGUUUUUACCACGAGGGUCAGCUUCUUGGACGGGACGUUUUCCGGGCGCGGUGUGCCCAGCGGGUACCGCGUCCAGAGCGGAAGACCUUCGUGUAGAUGGUCGAGGCUGUGAAGACUACAGAUGUGCAGAAGUAGAAACAGAUGUUGUAUCAAACACAAGUGGAUCUGCAAGAGUAAAGCUGGGAGAAACUGAUAUCUUGGUAGGCAUAAAAGCUGAAAUGGGGACACCGAAGUUGGAGAAACCAGAUGAAGGCUACCUGGAAUUUUUUGUUGACUGUUCUUCAAAUUCUCCUGAGUUGGAAGGCCGGGGAGGAGAAGAACUUGGCACAGAUAUAGCAAAUACACUAUACAGAGUAUUCAGCUGCGAAAACAGUGUAGACUUGAAAUCCCUUUGUAUUAAUCCCAAAGAGCACUGCUGGGUUCUCUAUGUGGAUGUAUUGUUAUUGGAAUGUGGUGGGAACAUCUUUGAUGCAAUCUCUAUCGCAGUGAAGGCAGCUCUCUUUAACACAAGAAUACCCAAAGUGCGUGUUCUGGAGGAUGAAGAAGGCACCAAAGAGAUUGAGCUGUCUGAUGACCCUUAUGAUUGUAUUCGACUCAACAUAGAUGAGGUGCCCUGUAUUGUCACACUAAGCAAAAUUGGAUAUAGGCACGUGGUGGAUGCUACCCUUCAGGAAGAAGCCUGUUCUUUGGCAAGCCUGCUUAUUUCAGUGACCAGUAAAGGUGCCAUCACUUCUAUGAAGAAGGUGGGGAAAGGUAGCCUGGAUCCUGAGAGUAUUUUUGAAAUGAUGGAGACAGGACAAAGAGUAGGCAAGUCACUUCACAUAGCCCUUCAGAAGAUUUUGGAUGAAGAAGAGAAUUUGGGGACUUCACGACCAAAAGUUGGAUUUCUAGGAUGAGUUUUUAUUAAAUGUUCAAAACUGUUUUUAAUAGAUUUUACAAUCUUGUCAGUUUGUAUAUAAAGAGAAGGCUAUCAUUUUUUUUUCUUCUAGUAGAGUCAUCCUCCUGUCUAAGAGGCUUUCAAAAUGUUACUAAGCAUAAAGAAAGCUACAGUUAAAUGCAAAUAAGUAAUUUGAGGUGCUUUCCAUAUGGGUAGCUGCUGGCACCCAGGAAGUGCAGCAGCAGCAGUUAAUGCUGUUGCCUGGGAAGUGCUUGAGCCUGUUUUCCAGAGUGACUGGUGUACUUUCCACUUAAUUCUGUUUGCAUGUGUUUCACUUCUGUAAACCAGCUGCUGUGUUCUAGAAUGCAUAUGGGGCUGUCUUUUGUGCAGCACAAAUGAGAGCAGCACUACAUGGAAAUCUUCCUUUAAAUUACCUUACAAUUCUUUGAAUAAAAUAUGGUUGGAUUUUACUAUAAAUACAA